ACGUAAACGAACAGUCCAAGAUCAGAGAAUAGAGCUAACGGUAGUGCAGUUAAAUUUCAAUCGUCGUGUUCAGUGGUAGGCUGUUUUGUGCGCUCGCGCAUCACGAAAUAACCUGUUGAAUUUAUUUCAUUUGGUAAACACUUACGGUGUGUUAAGUGAUUGAUAUUUUUCUUGUUCAGAAUACAUAGGAAACAUUCAAGAUGGGUUGCGGACUGGGAUUAAUAAAAUAUCUCCUAUUUAUAUUUAAUUUCAUUUUCGCAUUAUGUGGUCUAGCUAUUCUCAUAGUUGGUGUCCUCAUGCACGUAAAUAUUAGCAAUUACAAAGAUGCCGUAGAAGAAAAUAUUUCUUUCCCUUCGGUGACGUUCAUCGUCAUUGGCAGCAUUAUUUUUGUAAUUGCAUUCUUCGGAUGCUGCGGCGCUAUACGUGAAAGUCAUUGCAUGACCAUAACCUUUGCAUCGUUCCUGCUUACGAUAUUUAUAAUACAAAUUGCCGUUGCGAUUUACGCAUUUGUCGUCUUCAAAGAUUCUAAUAUAAAUGUUAAGAAUUCGUACGCAGAAUUAUUCAACAAAUAUUGGACUUCUAACACGAGUCAAGAAAUUAUAGACGUCAUUCAGAAGAACUUGCAAUGUUGUGGUAUCGAUUCAAAAGAUGAUUACGAUAGAAUUAAUUCUAAUAAGACUAUACCUUGGAGCUGUUGCAAUGACGUAGAUAUGUACUCACAAUGUCCAAGAGAACAGGCCUUCAAACAUGGAUGUGCCAAUGCUGUAAAAGAUUUCCUUGUUUAUGCUGGUGUAGUAUUGGGUGGUGUUGCAAUCGGUAUAGCCGUAGUCGAGCUGAUCGGUAUUAUAUUCGCACUAUGCCUAGCAAAUUCGAUAAAGAAUUCCGAAAGAAGAGGUUACAGGGUAUAAGAGACAAUAACAACAAUUUAAGAGUAUUAUUUUUCUUGUUUAUAAUAUAUCUAUUUCUUUUUGUUUUCUUUUUUUUUCUUCCUUUUUUUUUUUAUUAUCCUAUAACUACAUAGCAUAUAAAAAUUAACGAUGAAAUUAAUUUUGAUAAUUGGAAGCAAUAUUCGUUCUUUUCUUUUUUACAAACACGAAAUGCGUGUUUGUUGUUUUCUAGCUUCUAAAAAUUUUAUAGAUUGGAAAGGCAACUUAAUUGCGUAAAUUAAACUAUAUACGUGUUUAUGUA